UCGCGUCCAGUGGUCUGCUCCGUUACUAUGCUAGCUUGUGGUCGUUCUCCAGGGGGAUGGAGGAGGCUGUGUGCUGAAAAUACAAAGACACACAGCCGUUAUCGUUCGUUUAAUAACGACUGCUGCGCGCACCGAGCCAACGUUUUCCAAUGGCCGGCAUUCGAGCAGUGAACGGGAAGGUCUCGGGCAUCAACCCCGCAGUCAGCUGCUGCCGCCUGCGUCAGGUCCAGUCUCUGCUCCGUGGUGCUGGUGCUGCCACCCCUGACGGCAUCUUGUGCUCUCUCGGCAUUGACAGCCGGUAUAAUGAAGGAUGCACUGAACUGGCUAAAUACCUGUUCUAUGGACUAUAUGGAAGAAAUCAGAUAAAUAUGGAAAAUGUCCUUGAUGAGUUUCCCGAAGAAAUGCUGGAUGAUGUCAUCCUGCUGAUUAAGGCAGAGUGUGUUCAUCUGUACUGCAACCCUUUGAACUACAGUUACUUGUUGCCCUACGUGUCUCACUGGAGGAACCUGCAUCUCUACUGCAUGACAGCGACAGAGUAUGAAGAUGAGGAAGCAGCAGAGGAAUUCAAAAUCUCCAGUUUCGUCACAAUGGUGCAGAACUGCUAUCGGAUCGGAGUUCCCUUCAGCUCCCAGGCACACGCCCAGAAGUUUGAUGUGUUUAUGGUGGAAAAAUGGCCCCUUAUUCAAGCUUUUGCCCUAGAAGGAAUUGGUGGAGGAAGCUUUUUUACCAUUAAGUACAUGCUUAUGGAUAUGAGUGAGAAGCUUUGGCAGGUGUACAAUAGACUCGACCCAGUCUCCUUGGACAGACUUCUGGCCGAGGACUUGAUUAACUUUGAGAAGCAGUGGAGUGGCUUUUUCUCCAGCAUGGACCUGGAGAACCAUUUGUCCAUCUUGGAGCUGUCUGAAGCGCAAGCAGGGGAGGCAUUCCGUACUUACUACUCCCAUGGACUGAUCUCAAGCAACAUUACAGAAAAAAGUAAAAGCCAGCAGCCUUUUGUGUUGUUUGGGAAGCAUUCCUCCUUGGAUGAUCUGGAGAACUAUUCAUUCAGCUUUGCCUCAGAGAGUCACCAGGUCCGGAACACCGGGCCUCGAGGCUCCACAGCCAGACACAUGAUCCUGCAGUGUGCUGCUCCCAAAGGCCCUCUUGCCUGCUCUCGAACAUAUUUCUUUGGGACGACCCACACUCCAUACCUUGGAAAUCAAAGCUCAGAGAGUAAGAGAACAGAUGUCUUGCUAUUGUCACAGAUUUAUUCAGCUGCUGUUCAAGGAGUGCUCUCAGGAAUCAAGUGCUACUCAUGUACUUCCAGUUCUACCAAGGCUAAGGAUGUAGCAGAGAACAUCUUUCUAGUUACUUUGGACCUAAUGAAUUUAAGCCAGUACCGCACUGCUCUCAGGUCCAAAUGUAACUUUACCAUUCAAGCAGUUAAUAAGCAAGGAAGGGUCAUUCCUCUGACAGAUGAACAAAGCCGUUAUGUAGUAAAAACAGCUUCCAUGAUCGUCCAUGAUAUCCCAGACCUGCAGUGGGAGGGGGGGGAUCUGGGCUCUGUGGUCUUCUCUGAAUCUUUUUUGGAGUCAAGCAUCAACAUUCAGCAGAAAGAUGGCGCUGUGUCUUCAGAUAGCUGCUACACCAUCCUUACCACAACUGUUCCUCGCUAUGCUUGCUGGCAGAUGGAGUCUGAUGUAAAGGUCUCUGAGCAAGCCCAGCAUCUUAUUAAGAAAGAGGAAGGCACUUGUUUGGGAUCUGCUCUGACUGUAGCAGAUGCUGCGUACCUGUUCUCCACCAACCAGCUCUCCACACCUGAAGAAGGAAAAAUUGUUUUCUUCUCUGAGGGACUUCUGUUUAUUCAUUCUCAAUAUGGAAGCAUUACUCUGAGCAAGGAUCAUAUCAGCACCAUCAAGUUCUAUGACUCGGACUCCAGUGCUGUGGCGUCGCUUUUUCUGGAGUACAAGAGCAGCCUUCUUCCACAUCUCCCAUUCCCUUUGCACAGCUCUGACCAGUGUCUGGUGUUUGGUCUUCAACCACGGUCCAAGAGUCUCAGGGCCUUUUAUUCGAAGGUUUUGUCUGUGUGGCAGAACUCUGGACUAACUGUACAGUCGAUGAACCAAGAGCAGAUGCAAUUAAGUCAGAAAAAUAUGCACUCCCGACUACAGAAGCUUCACGACAGCCAGGAGCCACCUAUGGCCAAACGCAGAGGCAGCUUAAAAGCCUCAUACUCUCAGCUGCCAGAGCAGGACAUGUUUCGUCAGCACUUUGCCUUGAGCAGCAUUGGUCAGGAGCCCAUUCUGUAUGACCACCUGGGGGUGCUCUUCCCCUCUGCAGAGCUAAGCAAUCCUGGCAGCGACCAAAGAGACAAGGUUGUUAUUACCAUCAUAACUGGGCUGCCAGGAAGUCAAAAGAAGAGACUCAGCAAUUUCCUUGUCCAGCUGAACAAGGAACGUCAGCGAUGGGUGGUUUAUGAGCCUGACACCUACUCAGCCUCGCACCUUCAGCAAUAUUUGUCCUGCUUCCUCAAGACCCAGCGAAGCUCAGGAGGCAAACCACGUCUGUUAGUGCUCUCACCUGGCUACACAGAUGUCCUGGAUGUGGUCCAGGCUGUGAUUCUCCAUCCCGAUCCAGUUGUCCACGCUUGUUUCACCAUUGGCGCUGUCACUGCCUGCGUGAACCCUCUUACCUCUUGUGCGGAGCACAGGUUUGCAUUUCCUAAGUUACUGGAGCAGUGUAGUCAAGGUAUUGUGAGUACAGUGGUGUUCACUGGGCUAACAGCAGAGCAGAAGCACCCUCUCAUGCAGCAUGUUCAGCAGUUGGUACGCUCUGCCAACCCCACUGCAGCCUUCAUACUGGCGGAGAGAGGAGCUGUCACCAGGAGUGAAGAUGUGAAUCUGAUCUUGUCUGAAAGCAGCUUCAAUGAGCCACAGAUGGUGAGAGCACGCUACGUCCUCUACCCUGGAUGGUGCAAAGGGUGCUUCUCUUCUGGUUCUGGGUCUCUGAUCCUCACCCAGCAGCGAGUGGCUUUCAAACAGCCCCUAGAGAGGCCUCUAUUUGUCAGCCGCUGUAAAGCAUUGAAGUCAUCACUAAGGCCGAGCCCUUUUGUAGGAAACGUGUACAAUGUCUGGGGAAAACUCAGAUUUUCCGACUCAGACCAGCUAAUGGAGGUGAACUGCAACGUCGUGAGCGGGUGCCUGAGCAUUUUCCCAGACCAGGGCACUGGCCCGGCGACCCAGGGCCCCAAAGAGACUAACACCUGCUUCCUGGUCUUUGAUGGUGUCGGCCUCACUGAAGAUGCACUCAAGGACUGGCUCAGACUGUGUGCCAAGCAGAGGCAGACAAAGAGGCCUAAGAAAACUAAAGACACCCUUUCACCCCAGGAGAUCAAGAGCAUACAUAGGAUCAGACACUUGGAUCCACUACCACUGGGCUAUUUCUACAAUGGCUAUCAGUUUGUUGACAUCUUUGGAGAAAAGAACAACUUUCAUCCCAACAUGGAAGAGUUUAUCGAAGACUACAUUACUGAAGCCAACAAGGAGAUUGAGCUCUUCAACCGGCAGCUGGAGCUGCAGGGACAGCCUGACCUGUUUGAUCCGUGAUAGAAUCUGUGUGUAUUUCCACUGCCUCCAUCUUUUUUUUCCACUAAGGGAACCACUAGGGGAGGGGCAGGGAGGGCACUGGGUUUAGGCACUAAAAACACUUCACUGGAAUGGUCCAUGUGGGUUCGCACUACACAAGUCUGCAGAAAGUGCUGCUGAUAGAAGUCCAUUAAUUAGCUAUCUAUGUGGCUCUAUCUUUUAAUUGAGUGGUGUAAAACGGAUGAGUAGACGUGAGUUUUUAUAUAAUCAGAUGAAAAGUGGGUGACGUCGUGGUAUCACCUCAUUUUCCUCUGCAACACCAAUAAUUACAUAGUAAGCACUUGGGGGGGUUAUCGGAGGUAUCGUAUUCAUCAAAGUGAUUCAAACCAAUCAGAUUAUGCCAACUAAGCCUGCGAGCUGUGAGACUUUCACAAACGAAGGGUAUUUCCAGCCACACACUCCGGGAGCUUUUGGGUUUCUGUUUAUCGCAGUUGGCAAAUUAGGGCCUCUAUUUGUGGAAAGGCAUGGAUGGCCGUGUGAUUCUGGUGAGCUCCCUGGUGGGAUUUCUCAAGAAUUGCUCCUCCUCUGUUGUCACCCAAGCCUUGGCCCACCUGUUGGCUUGUCUGCGUGCCACGCUGCAGCAGGGGGAGCGCUUGGCCAUGGAGCUGUAAACAUCCAGCAGCCCGCUCGCUGCAGACAACUGACGAAUGAUGCCAUUAAUCAUAUUGCCGUACACCGUCCCAGUGCUUUAUUUUAGAACUCUCGAAUCUAAUGAAGUGUAAUAAAGCAGACUUCACUUGCGGCAAAGUGCAACAGUGAAGCAGCUCAGCUGUUUGUCAGGAUGCUGCUAGUUCACAGAGGGACAUUAUUCAACACAGGCGUGUUAGCGGGAGUCACCGAUUUCACCGUUUUGGAAAAGAAAGGCCUACAUUCAUAUGCACUUUUUGAUAUCAUUGAGACAGUGAGGGGAAGAUAAAGUAUUAAAACAUUUACUUCAUUACUUUUGGGUAAACAUGAGAAGAACCCCUUCAAGUACCAUUCCUUGUAUCAGUGCUGUGUUGUUGCAGGGCAGUGACUUUGUGUCUUUCCCUAAUUAGUAGUUAUGCUACUGUUUGCUCUGUGAUCGUGUUUCACACUCUUGUUUCCUCCAUCCCAGCUCUGAAAUUCUACAACGUGGAACAAUGGGGUUUCAUGAGCUGUCGGCAAUUUGGGCAGAAAGCCCGACUUGUUGUUUUUCUUACACUCCAUAUUUGUUUCAAAUGGGUAAAGCCCAGUGUGACAGUAUAUAUGGUUAAAGUAAAGGCGUGAUAUAUAAGUGGAAUUUCUAAAUGUGUAGGUCACAGUCUGCAGGUUCCAGUGAAGUUUGAUGGCUUUUAGUGAUUUUGGGGUCAGCAGUGUAACAAGAAUUCGUUUUACAAAAGCUUGAACAAAGUGGCGCCGGGCUCCUGUUGAGUCCAAUAAUACUGAUAACGGUACAUCUAAAGCCACUCAAUACAAGCGAGGAUACAAGUGAGUCCUCUGAGAUUUGUACAGUGUUCUUUUUCUGCUCAGGUAUUCCGAGGCUCGUACCCAUUUCAGGGCAGUAAGAGAGCAGAUGGGGGAAGUGCUUAUUAGUGAUGUGGACUUAUUCACGAUGAGUCUCACCCAAACAUACUGUGAUUGUCAUUCCCAGCGCUCGCUAUCUCCUGCUCCUGCUCCUGCUCCGUACGUCUGUCUCAAAGCGCUGUCAGUGCAUCGCAAAAUUGAAAUAAUAAGUUGUUGUUGGGUUUUUUUUUUUUUUUCAAUAGCCGGACAAGCACUGAUAGCAUUGUUAGUUCGUUACAUUCCCCCGGGCGACCUUUGUGUAUCGGAGCAGAGUCAUUUAAUCCUGAGCCUGAACUCACUGCUGGCCCCAUCCCUCCUCUCAGCAGAGGUUGGUACAGUACAGGCCAUAAGGUCCUACGCUAGAAGCACCGCUGUUAUUUAGACAGGAUGCCUUGCAUUCAAUAGCAUAUAAUAGCAGCCAGGUACUGUGUAUUGGCGUACCUUGGCAUGUUGCAGACUGCCAGCCGAGGAGGGGCGCACAUGGAGGGGAGGGGCUCCUCCCUGCAGCGCUCCUCUCUCACAACUGUGUUGCGUGUCUAUAUAUUCUGCUUACGGCACUCUCACGUGGCUCUUUAAGGACGACGACGCACAAACGCACAACGUCCGGCUCAGCUCUCGGCCGCUCCGGCUUUGGGCGCUCGCGCUGCAGCUCGCCGUGAAAGCUCUUAGCAGCAAGAAAAGGAUUGUGUUUCGAACGAAGCUGCCACGUAAAGCUCUGCCUGUCUGACGAACGGGACAAAAGUCUGACAGACGACGGCGCUUUGUUCAGAGCGGAGCGUCGUAAUAUGUUACAUACAGUAAAUCCUUUGUGGACAAAACGACAACUCUGGUUUAAGCUGCAUCCUCUGUUUAGUGCUCCAGAGAUGCGCUGUCCAAAGCUGCCUGUCUGAACAACAGUUGCUGUCUUUCUGUGGUUACGUAACCCUGCAGAGGGUUCCCCUGAUUGACAGUGAGGCUGAUGUAUGAGAGGCUGGAUGUGCCAUAACUGGGAACCUGCUUCACGCGGCCCAGACGACCAAACCGCUAUUAACCCAAGAAAUCCAGACGUGGUCAUUAAAGAGCCGAGAGUUAUGUAAGACGUUUGUGGUGUGUAAGCAUUUAAAUUUCCACUAACACAUUUAUACACACACACACACACACACACACACACACACAUACACACACACACAAACAUGACCACUGUUACAAAUGUCUACACUAUUUAGCAUGUGUCAUGUGUGUAUGAUGCCACAUGCAGUAUAUUCUGACAGAAUUGCCUUUCACCAAACUGGUACGACUAACACGAAAUGAUCACAUCUAUUUUGCAUAUUUGCUACGAAUUUUAAUUACCUCGAAACAACAAAUGGUAUUUUUGUAAGACUGUGAAUUGAACACGCUAAAUGCAAGCGAAACGAGGCGCGUCGCCUUGCACAAGCUACAAGAAGCGAAAGCUGAUGCAAUUUUCUAUGUAGUGAAGGAAAAAAAAAAGACGCAAAGAAAAUGAUCAGUUGUGAGACAUGAGGUCUCUCUGAUCCAGCAGUGCCUUGACUGCAGCCGAGGCGAGCAGAGAUUAAAGCUGCAUUCAGAGCGCCGUCCCUCGGCCCCCCCUCCGUCUGGCUCAGGGGGAGGAUCCGUCCUUCAGCAGUGUUGGUGAAAGGAAAGCAAUGUGUUUUACAAAGCCAGAGCAAGGUCACAUGUGGGAAGGUCAGUGGCGGGCUAAGGACCAUUCAGGUAUCCCUACAAACGAACACGUGACACGCGGCUCCAAUCUCUAUUCACAGUGCUGCUCUAUUUGUAUUUAUUCUGUUUCUUUACGAAAGCUGCACUUUUUUUAUUCAUGCCCAGGUCCAAAAUGGCGGAUCGGGUUUAUGACUAAAGUUGGGUAACCCUUAUUCAUUGCACAUUAGGGGCCCAGAGAGCCCCCCACCAGCCCCCCAGUGUGACUGCUUCGCAGCUCUGUGGCCGAGCCAGCACCGUGGUGUCUUUACUCUGUAGCUAAGGUUAUAGGACAAAAAACGAAGUUUGGUGUGAAUUGGUUUCACGUGAAGUGGGCUUAACGUGACGCUGCAGCAUCUCGAUGGCUUUUUUCUCCUGAAGAUUUGCUCCAGUGUUCAAAGCAGCCGGUGUUGUGGACUGUAGGCACUACUUGUGAUGUUCUAAUAGUAUUUUCAUGCGUAUUGGUUAAGUAAAAUAGGGUUUAAAUGACCAAAAUUCCCUCAGGCCUCAGAUAAUAGCAGUUUAGGCUGUUUUGUUGGAGGUUGCAGUCCUCACACAGUAAGAGGAAGUGGUUCAGGUGUACAUUAGGAACGCUAACCACUGUAUCAGAAUUAGAUCUGGGAGGAAGCAGAGCGCUCUUCUCUGUCCGCUAAUGACCGAUCCGUCCAAAGUAGGAAGAAAAGAACUUUUCUGGUUCCACGGUGAUGAGAAGCACCUUCAGCCAAACUGACUUCCACGUGUUGCUCUGAGGGUGUUCAUCCAAAGUGAACCAAACUGAAUUGCAUUUGCACAAAACUACUGUAACUUCAGUUUUUUUUCCUGUGACUGAUGCUUUUAUAAUCUAAUGGUUGUACUUAUUGCACCACUGACUCCAUUAAAUAUUUAUACGACUGGC